UUCAGAAAUAUAAAAUAUUUACAACUCACUUACAAAUUUUUCAAAUGGACUUGAAAAAACUGAUAAAAAAACGGCUUUCAAUUUUUGAACUACUCUUCAUAAGACAGUACAUGGAAACCAUUGAGUGUCGACAUUUUUUUUUGACAGAAAAGCGCUAACAAAAAUACUCAAAAACUGCCCAGAAAAAACAUUCAAAAUUGCAUUUAAAAUAGAAAACGUAAAAAUUGUUAUUGUUGGGCAGAGUUACCGGUACAUUGUUUUUCCAACCGUUCCAGAAAUAGUGUUUCAAAAAGUAACAAAAUUAUUUUAAUUGCUUUAAUUAUUGGAAUUAACCGUCACAUUGCAGCUGCAAUAAUUUACGUUAAUAAAACUGUAUUAUUCAAUAUUGAUAAACUGUAUCUCCAUCUUUCUCAAUUCUCGACCAGAAGUAAGUGUGAUUGCCGUUUACCUACAUAAACGUAUUUACGUGAAAAAUAGGAAAAAUGUAAAUUACAUGUUACAUAAAUUAUGAUCAAGGUACCCACGUCCCAAAUGAUAAUUUUAGCAAUAUUCCUGGCAAUUUCCAUCAUUUCGGCCCAAUAUUUACCUGUCGCCUAUUAUCAGCACGAGAUUAUUUACGGCGAUUCGGGAGACGCUUUCAGCUUCAGCCGAACUCCUGAAAUCCUGCCGCUUGCAGGUAGCAGUGGAAUUCCGACUGGUGUUGGUUUUCAUGAAGCAGGAAAUCCACUCCUGGCACCUGCUCUGCAUUCUGUCGACCUGUUCACACCGAACACAGUACAACAACCUGCCGAGACGCCCGGCCAGUUUCGGAAUUACAUGAAAGCGUUGGAAGAGGAAGCGAAGGAAGCGGAAAAGGCAGAGAAUGCAAUUACAACGACGACGUUGAAGGGCGAAAUUAGGGAAGCUGCAGGCGAACCGAAAGGGUACGUCAGCUUCAAAAUGGAACGAGGCGCAAAAAGUUACAAAUACGGUUAUGCACUUUGAAAGUAAACACUACAUUAGACUAGAUAUGCCUUUCCACCUCAAAGUAGAUCUGUUAAGGCUCCGAUUUUUGUACCUACAAUUUCAGGUUUAGUUUUGUGUACCAAACUAUCUCCUAAAUGUUACGUAGAGUAUUAUCUAUCAGUUAUUUGUUUUAAAUAUUUAUUACAUGUUGCAUUUUUUUGUGUGUUAUUUCUUUAAAUGUAUAUUGUAUGUUGCCCAUAAUUUAAUUGUAUAAAGCGUGUCAUUAUUUAUUCGUACGCAGUAGACUAAAAUAAAAUAGGUGAUAGCUUAAAUUGCUUAACAGUUGUUGUAUCAUUGAAAAUUCUAUACUUUUUAUACUUUAUUUAUUAAAUUACAAUAUUGUCACAAAAAAUAAACGACAUUUAAACUUU